AUGGACAACCUGGGGGGGAACACCAUCUUCUCACUGUUGGACCAGGCUGCGUUCCAGCGGAGUAUGGAGCAGUGCCUGGAAGGACUGCAGGAUGAGAUAUGUGUUUCUUAUCUUGAUGACAUUCUUGUAUUCAGCAGGACUUUUGAGGACCAUGUUGAGGACGUCGGGAGAGUACUGCAGCGCCUCAGAGACAAUGGGAUAAAGCUGAAACCACGCAAAUGCGACCUUUUCAAAUCAGAGCUACGAAAAUGUGUGGACACGUACAGAAAUUUGUUCAUAUUUUCCGUGGAAAAUAUGAGGAAUAACAAACUGAAAGACAUCAGAACAGCCUGGAAACACAGCAGAUUCUUCUUUGGCAAAAAUAAAGUCAUGAUUGUUGCUUUGGGAAAAGGAGAUACGGAUGAAUAUAAAGAUAAUUUGCAUAAGGUGACCAGAUAUCUGCGAGGGGAAGUCGCAAUCCUCUUCACCAACAAAACAAAAGAUGAAGUUCUAGAUUCUCACAGAGUGGAGACUCUGCUGAAGGACCACCAAGUCUGCAAGGAGGGAGACGUGUUGACGCCGGAGCAGGCUCGUAUUCUGAAACUCUUUGCUAUUGAGAUGGCAGAGUUCAAGGUGCAGAUUAAAUGUAUGUGGAACUCGGAAACGAGCGAGUUUGAGAUGUUUGCGGAGGAGGAGCCUGUACAGGGUGAAGAUGUUGAGGAAGAGGACGAUGAUGCAGAGUGA